AACAAGGCAUCUUGACCCUUCUUCUUCUCUAUCGAGUGCUCUGGAUUCUGAUUUGAUUUGUGAGGAAAGCUAGAUCGACGAUCGAAUAAGUCUCGCGCUGAAAUCUAUCUUUGUGCAAGCAAACUCUCGAAGAACCUUAGAUUGAAGAUGGUACUGAUCGAAUCAAGUGAGAGUGAAGACGAGAUCCUCAUCAAAAACGAACCAAAGCCAGCGUCUUCAUCCUCACCGCAACCCACGGAGACGAAACAAGUCGACGGAGAUGAUUCCGAUGGGUUCGAAACUGCCAGCGAACGUGAAAUUAGCGAUGAAGAAGGAGAGGAAGAUGGUACCAAAAAUGACGCCGUCACGAGUCAGGAGGAACCACAGCACUCGGAGAAGAAGGAAGAGCAGAUUGAGCUAAUGAGUGAAGGAGAAGCCAUAGUCGACGACGGAUCAAACAAGGAGAAAGCUUUGGCAGAAGCAAAUGAGGCUAAAGCGGAAGGAAAUAAACUGUUCGUUAAUGGCCUUUAUGAAGAAGCAUUGUCAAAGUAUGCUUUUGCUUUAGAGCUUGUUCAGGAGUUACCUGAGUCUAUAGAGCUUCGAUCCAUAUGCUAUUUAAACAGAGGUGUAUGUUUCCUCAAAUUGGGUAAAUGUGAAGAAACAAUCAAGGAAUGCACAAAAGCCUUAGAGCUAAAUCCUACCUACAAUAAGGCCUUGGUUCGAAGGGCUGAAGCACACGAGAAACUUGAACACUUCGAAGAUGCUGUCACGGGUUUAGUGGAAGAGCCAUACUGAGCCUCUGUCUUCUCAUAUGCAGACCUGAAGAAGAUCUUAGAACUUGAUCCUUCAAAUGAUCAAGCUAGGAAAGGGAUUCGACGUCUUGAACCUCUUGCUGCUGAGAAGCGAGAAAAGAUGAAAGAAGAAGCUAUAACUAAGCUGAAGGAGAUGGGAAACUCGAUUUUGGGUCGAUUUGGAAUGAGUGUGGACAACUUUAAGGCGGUUAAAGAUCCCAACACUGGCUCCUACUCUCUUUCUUUCCAAAACUAGUUUAAUAUCGUAGUUGCUCUUGAUGUAUUGCUUCUACCACUUAAAUGUUUAGCAACAAUCUGGUUAAUAUUGCAAUGUGUUAUUGUUCUUGAUGCAUACAUGAAAAGAUGCAAUUUCAUUAGAUUUAAUAUAGCAGUAAAUCGAAAAUUCAAUGUUACAACAAUGGAAAAACAAUUUCCUUUUC